AGAAAAUAUAGGGUUAUAUAUACAAUCUCUUCAAAUCAGAUAAAACUUUUUUAAGCUAAAAUUAUACAAAAAUUGAAAUGGCUCUCAUAAGAGCUGCAAUUCCGAAAGAAGGAUUGGAGCGUUACGAGAAGUAUAGGCCAGAGAACUUGACAUUCUUCGAGCAGCUGAUAAGGGAGCAAACUGGGAAUAAAUAUUGCUUCAAGCUUAACAUGCAUGUACUGCGUAUGUAUAAUGCAUACCCAAAACUGAUCAACUUGGAACUUACAAGAAUCGUAUUACUAAGAGCAUUGACUAAGCUCCCAUAUAAACACUUUGUUUCGGCUAAAAAGUAUCUUAUCUGGCCUCAAUUCAUAGAUGAUGGAAUCAGGGUGAUAAUUGAUUUGGCAAAUUUCUUAGAACAGGAAGAAUACGCAAAAUUCUGGGUACAUUGUAAACAGAAUGUGUCAGUGAUUUCCAUGGUCGAAGGAUUUGAAGAAGUCAUUAGAAAAUACAUCUGUUUUAUGGUUGGGGCAAACCGCAGAACAAUUCUUUGCAGUCAACUCAUAGUGAAAUUGAAUAUUGAUGAAGAGAACUUAGAGAAGUACGUCAGUCAGUUUGGUUGGACGAUUAAUGGAAGAGAAGUGAAAGUGUUUCCGUUAAUGCUUAACGAUGCGAAGUUCUACAAUGUCAUUCGUGGAGUAAAGCCUGACCUUUAAAAGUUGUUAUUAUAUUCACUGACAUAUACUAAUACUUUGAAAUGUUUUGAUAUGGGCAUUUAUGUUCUAGUGAUGUAUAUGCUUUCUGAAUAAUGAAGAUUUCCUUCUUUACUAUAACUUUACUACAUUAAAUAAAA